AUGGUUCCGUCACUGAUCUACAGCUCUUCAACAUUCUACACCGUGCUAGGUAAGCCAAUAAACCAAGCAAGUCAAAUAGCCGACCCCUUCGAAAACACAAAAUGUCUUACUACAGGGGCUCUCACAGAAAAAUACACACAAGCUUCCCCAGUCGACCGAGAGAGAUGGUCCAAACUGUUAUGUCAGACAAUAUCAUCUUUGUGUCGGAAUGGGAUGAUGGGAAAUGAUGUUAUGAAAAUUCAAGGUCUAAUUGGUAUCACACUGUGCAAUAAAGAAGUGUUUCUAGUCGACAUUGCUGAUCAUUUUGAGGUUGAAGAUAUGGAUUUAGUAGAUGAUUCUCAAAAUGGAUCAAAAAAAUCACCAUCUAAAUCUAUUUCUCGGAAAAGAAAAGCCUCCAAUCCCAAAUUGAUGAAGUCUCCAGAGGAUUAUUACCUUGAUAAUGAAAGUCGGGAAAAUAAUGAAUAUGGUUAUCCUUCCACGGAGUCUCAAGAAAAUCACAAGAGACCAUAUCCAGAAAUGUGGGACAAUACAAAUCCAAAUGAGUUGCCCCUGCCCCAAACACAGCCACAAGAAAUCACUGACCCAAAUAGCCAUUCUUAUGGAAACCAAACAUCUUAUGACUAUCACACUGAAUUCAUGCAAAUCAAAUCAGAAAAUCUUGACAGCGUUGAUCAGUCAGUCCUUGAUGAUGCUAUCCUUAAAGAAACAACUUUGAGCACCACACCGUCAAGAAAGAUGAGGGCAAAAAAAGAGUUUUCCCAAACUGUGGCUACAACAAAACACACUGCUGAACUUCUAGGCUAUCAGGAUUUUACUCCUGCCUCUUCCAGACCUUACACAUGUCGACUGUGCGAUGCAUCAUUUUCAAAGAGAUUUUGUCUGGCAAAUCAUAUUGUAACUGUCCACCAGGUUGGAGGUAAGUAUGUAUGUAAACAGUGUGGAAGACAGUUCUUGCAACGAAACAGAUACAUGCUGCACAUUGAGAAACAUUCAACGGAUGGCACCAAACUCGUCUGUCCUGACUGUGGAAAAGUAUUUACAGUUCGUGGUAACUACGAGAACCAUCUGAAAAAGUGUGGUGCUGCUCUAGUUUCGGUUGGUGCUGCUGCUAGCAACAACAACAACAACAUGCCAAAUGACAACAGUGUGGUUCUUGCAAAUUUUAUUAGUAGCAAUAACAACAACAAUAAACUCAGCAACAGCAGCGGCAGUAAUAUUAAUGAAAUAUCAGCUGACCUCACUCCCAGCUACAUGAACAGCACUGGCCACUUCAAUGCCAACAUGUCCAACACAAAUAGUAUGAUGUAUCACCAUCAAUACCAUCAUCACUUGCAGCAUAAUAAUAACAAUAAUAAUAUGAAUAAUAAUAAUAAGAACAUCAUCACGACCAAUAUUGAAAAUGAAGAUGAUGACGACGACGACGAUGAUAACAAUAACGCUAGCAACGAUAAUGAUGAUCAGAACAAUGAUAAUGGGCCAGGUGGGGGAGCUGAUGAUGAUGUGAUCAAGGAAAAUGUCUUGCUUUACGACAGUGACCUUGAAGCAUGA